AUGACCGAAAUCGACCUUGGCAUCACUGCGGAUAUGCACGUGCAUCUCCGCGAUGGAAAAAUGAUGGAACUUGUCACGCCCACCGUCAGACAAGGCGGAGUGUCUGUUGCCUACGUGAUGCCCAACUUGGCGCCGCCCGUCACAACGCUUGAACGCGUGCAACGUUACAGAAAGGACUUGCAGGCACUCGCGCCAAAAACGACGUUUCUCAUGAGUCUCUACUUGUGCAAAGACUUGACGCCCGAGUUGAUCCACGCGGCGGCUAAAGCGGGCGCCAUCCACGGCGUCAAAUGCUACCCUGCGGGCGUGACCACCAACUCGUCUGCAGGCGUCGAUCCAAACGACUUCACGCCAUUUUACCCGGUCUUCGAGGCCUUGCAGGCCGAGGACUUGGUGUUGAACCUCCACGGCGAGAAGCCACCAGUCAAGGACGGCGACAUCCAUGUGCUCAACGCCGAGCCGGAGUUUCUCCCCGCGCUUGUGAAAUUGGCCCGUGACUUCCCCAAGUUGAAGAUCAUUUUGGAGCACUGCACCACCAAGGCCGCUGUGGACACAGUCCGCAAGCUCCACCAGGAGAACCCGGCUUGCAGGGUGGCAGCCACCAUCACUGCACACCAUCUUUCGCUCACCAUUGACUCGUGGGCCGGCAAUCCCAUCAACUUCUGUAAGCCUGUAGCCAAGCUUCCUGCAGACAUGCGUGCCUUGGUGGACGCGGCCACCAGUGGAGAGCUAUACUUCUUCUUCGGCUCGGACCUGGCUCCUCACCCGAUUGAGAGCAAGGCCAAACACGUUGGCGUAUGUGCGGGUGUGUACACGCAACUGCACGCCAUUGCGUAUCUAGCAGAGGUCUUCGAGUCUGCUGGCAAGUUGGAACAUCUCGUCAAGUUCGUGUCUGAAAACGGAAAAGCCUUCUACGGCAUCAAAGACGCCGACUUGGUCAGCAAGGAUCGGGCGGUGUUGGUUGCGAGAGAAAACCAGGUGCCGGAGGAAAUCGGGAACAGCUCGCUCACCGUGGUGCCUUUCAAGGCUGGUGACAACUUGAAGUACGCCGUUGAAUGGAGGGAGUGUGGAGAGCAGUAA